AUGUGGGUUCUCCUCAUAGGAAGCAGCCGCGUUGACUCCACAUCGGAUUUCUUCACCCAAACCAUUCGCGCCCUUCCAAAUCAACUGCGCUGCAUUCCAGACGGCGAAAUUGGCAAUCGGAGCAACUUCAUUUCCUGGCAAAGGCCGACAUUUCCUAUCACAAUACUGCAGCCACGCCGGGGCGGCCAGCCUACUGCAGAGAGCGCAGCCAAGCAGUACACCCUUGAGGACAUCAAGCCCACUGGAUACGACGAUCAAGCCAUUGUCUCGUAUGCUACCUUUUGUGAGCUGAGAGACUCUGGGACGAUCCCAGCAGGAGUACGGUUUCAAGUAUCGCUUCCGACACCGCUCUGUGUUGUGCGUGGACUCGUAGAGGACGACAGAGUAUGCGCACAAGUCGAGCCAUUGUACGAGCAGCGGCUGUUGAGCGCUCUCCGACGGAUUCAAGACCAUAUUCCUGCAUCUGAUCUUACGAUCCAAUGGGACAUCCCAAUCGAAAUCGCGAUGCUUGAGUACAACCGGCACCGCCUUCAGGACAAGUACUGGAAACCGUACUUCACACCCGUGAAAGCUGGCAUACUGGACCGCUUGACCCGCCUCGCUGCCGCCGUGGAUCUAGGCGUCGAGAUGGGCUAUCACCUCUGCUACGGCGACAUGGGGCAUACGCAUUUCGUCCAACCGGAUGACAGUGGUUUAAUGGUCGAACUGGCAAAUGAGAUCUCAAAGAUAAUCCAGCCUAGUCAUCCAAUUGAAUACUUCCAUAUUCCGGUACCCAAAGACAGGGUGGAUGAGGGGUACUUCAAACCGAUGCAGAAUUUGGAACUCGGUGACUCGAAGCUUUACUUAGGACUAGUUCACGCAAAUGAUGAAAGCGGGACGAAGAAGAGGCUUGAGGCCGCAGAGGCAGUCCACCUUAAUAUCGCUGGAGUGGCCUCGGAAUGUGGCCUGGGAAGGACGCCACGCGAGGACUUUGAGAGUAUUCUUGAGAUUUGUGCUACUGUGACUUCGUGA